AUGGAGGAGGUCGCUGGCAUACAGGACACAGUGCCUCCUUUGGCAUUGUACCCUGAUGCGAAUGUGAAAGCCAGUCUAGUCGAUGGAGAGUGGGAAGCGUGCCUCGAGUCAUGGUUGUUCAGUCUGGAGUUUCGACUGCGUCUACAAGAAAAGGACUUUUCCAAGUUCAAAUUCUCACAGAGUGGCAGCGGUGUUGAUUUUCUACUCUCGUAUUUCGAGUCAAAUUCUGGGAAGGAUGCCGCGUCGUCGAAGUCGCAUAAAGAGCGAAUCCUGUUCAAGCGGGCAUACUUGCUUCUGAGAAGGCUGCUUCUUGUCACGGAUGUUCCCUUUGACUGUCCCAAUGACAAGCUCAUCCACUUCCUAGAGACGGCCAGUGCAACCUAUGCAAUCGUGGCGGAUUGGAAAGCUGUUCUGAAGCUGGUCUGGAAAAGGGACCAGAAGCAACUGACGCAGGCUGUGGCAGAUUGGAAGAGGAGUCUCUCGAGAGAGCUGCCGGAAUCCCUCAACUCAAAGGCAUUGGAGGAGAAGGUCCACAGAAUCAAUGAGCUAGUCAAGUUGUCCCCAGACACAGGCCUUAAUCUCAUGACCGGCUCCGAUUAUUUGGAGACCGUGAUGGAGGCAUACAACCAGCUUCGAAGAACACAUGAGACGAGUUCGCCUGGAAAGGUGUUGACUGAGCACCUCUUCUACUGCUUGCGUAGUCUUAUGGUGGACAGCUCCUCACAUGGAUCGCUCCUGCUAGACCACCUCUACUUCAUGAAAUCAGAAGCGGACCGGACAGCAAAAAGCAAACCCCGCCAGCCGACGCUGUGCUCCAGUCUGGUCUGCAGCACUUCUUUUCUCAAGCACCUCGCAGCGAACUCCGCCAUCGCAACGGGGAAACGUGGCCAAGGAUUGCUCGAGUUCCUCACCACCUAUCGAGAAAACAACAAGCAUCUACAUCCACCGACAGAGCCGCGGCGCAAGAAAGUCUCCAAGGGCAAGGGCAAGGCUGAUCCGAACGAGGACAUGCAUAUGCACAAGGCCUCUCAGAUAUCGCAAGUGCACGACCUCUUUCCAGACUUGCCGAACCACUACAUUCUCAAGCUCCUCGAUCAUUUCGGCGACGACGUGGAGACCGUAAUCGCGGCGCUGCUGGAGCCUGAUUCUUUGCCAGCUGACCUGCGCGAUCAAGGCUCGCACGCCGAACCUGUAGCAGCAACGGCCGGACACCCAUUCAAUCUUGCACCCCGUUCGACACCGCCUCUACUUCCGCAGAGGGAGAAUUUAUUUGAUGGUGAUGAUUUCGACAGGCUUCAAGUUUCUUCAAAGAGAUUACACAGAGGAAGGAAGGAAAUCAGUCUUAGCCAAGCCGAGACUCAAGAUGAGCAUGCCCAGCGGAAAGCAGCUAUCAUAUCUGCUUUGGCUGCAUUUGACUCAGACGACGACGAGCGCGAUGACACGUACGAUGUCGCUGAUGUCGGUGGCACAGUGGAUGCAACACUUGACACUGACGAGCGCCCACGGCCGGAGAGGCUUCCGGACCAGAACCCACAUGAGGAGACCCUUUUCCGCGCGUGGCGAGACAACCAAGAACUCUACGCCCGGGACAGCAAGACUCGUAUCUCAAAGAUGCGGCAAGAUCUGAAGAGGGACACGGGCCUGAGUGACGAGCAACUUGAGGGAUGGGCAAUCAUGUUAAAGAAGGAUCCCAAGCUGCAAGACCGAUUGGAGAAGAAAUAUGCCGCGACGCAGACGUUCAAGGGAAAUCAGGCGACGAUUGUCUCUAGCAGAUGGCAGAGCAGCAACACGCCCGAAGACAGCGAGGAAGGAGAAGGGGUUAGUGGGCCACGUGGCAUGGGACAGGCAGAACCCAGAGGCAACCGCACCUGGGGACGUGGCGGUCGCAGUGGUGGAAGUACUGCAGGUCCCAGUCGCGAUGCCGCAACGCAGGCUGCUCGAAGGCGCAAGGAACAAGGUAGAGGGAGGGGAGGAGCGGGCCACAACCGGCGGGAAGGCAGAGCUCGGAAGAUGGGUCGGGGCAUGGCAGGGGUGCAGCAGUAG